AUGCAAUCAUUUCCUACUGCAUUGUCUUCAAUCUGUAGACGACAAUAUAUCUUGGAACAUUUUGGCGAAGUGUCUGAAGUUGACUGUAAGAAUACUUGUGACAAUUGCACAAAUCCUAUUCCUGCUCUCAGAGAUUACACAAACGAGGCAAAAUUAAUAUGCAAAUGCAUUCAAGAAAUGCAGGCAAUGACGCCCAUUAUUAGCAUAAAACAAGUGGCAUAUACAUUCAAGGGCUCCAAAUCAAAGAGAGAAGUAGAAAGUAAAGGCUUUUACCAAAUUUAAGCACACUAGCAAAAACGUUUUCAAGAACGACGCAGAAGCAAGAACUUUCAUUCAACACUUGGUGAUUUUGGAGGUGCUGAAUGAGAGUGACCGUGUUGUAAAUGGUCAUCGGACAACGUCUGUUGUUGUUCUAGGACCAAAAGCAGUAGAUCUGAAGGAAGGAAAGAAACAUAUUUGGAUUAACUUGUAUAUAGUUGAGACUAACUCCUUUGUAAUCUACUGAUCCACAUUCACGAGUGAAACAAAUCACAAAAACAUUGAUGCCAAUGCAUGGAAAAUUUGCUUUAAAUUGACAUUUGGUGUGACUAUAAUUUAAAUGAGACGAAAUUCACUCAGUUGAUACAGGUAAAAGAUGGACAUGUUAGGAUAGUUAAUCUAUACUAAUAUUAUUUUUUUUAUAAUUUAGCUCUAUCCAAUAGGAAAAUGAUGUGCUGAGUGGUUAUAUUACUAUCUUAAAAAGUAAGCAGAAACUCGACAUUUCGAGCGAAGGCCCUUUCGAGUCAAGACCCUUUCGAUAUUUACAUCACGCACAUCGCUUUGCCUCGCUGUCGCUAAUAAAAGCGAUUGGCUCAUGAUUCAUGACUGAGAGGCUACCAGGCCAAAUGACGUAAUUAUCGAAAUGGUGUAUUUAGCAAUAUCCAUAUGUAUUACUACUGUACAUCCGUGGUUGCACCCACUAUAUCAAAUACUUAACAAUUAAUUGUAUACUUUCACAUAUUAUAAUAGUAUACUUUCACAUAUUACAAUCAAUACAAUUAUAAAAUACAGUCCCUUGAGCAUUUAUUGAAUGAACCAGACGGUGGAAUCACAAGUUCCACAACAACUACCAAGGGGGAUCCAUGCUCCCCAGAAAAUUUUGCAAUUAGCUGUUCUAGAUUCGCUAAAAAUGCAUUUGCCAUACAAUAUUUGUUACAUUAUUCUACAGUUUAUACAUUUACACAACCUCGUACCCAGGGCAUUUUGCUUCCCCCUACAGCGAAAAUGGCCCUGGCAUUGGCUGGUCACAUGACUUCAAAAUCUCCAGUAUUUGGGGUGUUCAAUUAUGAUAAUUUAUGUGUAUAUAUAUAUAGAAUAAUUGUGUACAUUUUAAAUUUCAACAUGGCAGAAUCCCAAAUCGAUGUAGCUUUAAAUAAGGCCGGAAUACAGGACACUCUUAAGCCAAAGCAGGUGAACUGUUUUGAAUACAUUCUUCAAGGAUACAAUGUGACAGCUGUACUUCCCAUAGGAUUUGGGAAGUCUUUGCUCUGCCAGUUGCUGCCGGAUGUGUUGCCCACAAAAACCAUUCAAAAUAUUAUUGUGGUAUGCCCUCUUACUUCCAUUAUUGAAGAUCAACUUGAACAACAUGGGCAUAAAUGCCGGUAUAUUUUAUUCAAAAAGGUAACAUAAAGGUGAUACGUUGUUUGACUACGUGAAAGCAAAUGGUGCAGACAACAACUGCGAAACACCAGACUAUGGACUAUGCAAAAUAUUUGCACAUCCAGAGGAUAUUCUUUCAGAUAUUUGUAGAAAGUUGAUGAAAUCGGUUGUAUUUCAACAGAAUGUUGUUGCUUGUGUGAUUGACGAGGGUCAUUGUAUUGAAAUGUGGUAAGUACAUUAUUAUUGAAGGUUUCACGGUAUGAACAGUCACCAUUUUGCAAGUAUAGGGCAAACUGACACAUGAAAGGAUCAAGGACAAAUGCAAUGUGAUUUCCCAAGAGUAUUAUUGAUCAUAUGCAUUUUAUAGUCAUUGUGUUUGUCCUACUUACAAAAUGGUACAACCAGUCAUGUUGAAUACAACCUGCAGCAAGCCAGGUGUUUAAGGCCAGGGUCAAACGUCAAACUUUUCAUACACUGAACCUAAUGCAAAUGAAGUGAAACAGAUAACUUAGCUCAUUAACAUUAGGUUCGGCACAUGAAAAGUUCAACGUUUGACCCUGGCCUAACUUCUCUUAAUGCAUUUACUUGCAUUACUCGCAGUACUGGAGUAAAAUUGCCUGGUGUUAAACAGAGUAAAUAUUAAAGUAGGAUGCAUUGCCAGUUAAUGAGUUAAAACAAAUAUUUAUACUAUAAACUCAUUAACACGCAAUAUGCCGGCAUUCGCCCUCAAAUGACACCUCAAUAUCUGAAAGAACUCCUUGUUCCAAAAGCAUGUACAUACAUUGAUGGACUUCCCUUCACCAUAGAGGGGUGUGAACGAGCUAAAACCAUCCUCAAAACAAAGUAUGGGAAAACAAGUGAGGUAGCUAAUGCCCACAUGCAAAGUAUUGUAUCAUUACCUGUCAUUAAAGGGACACAACCCAAGAAGAUACAUGGGGUUUUUGAGUCGUUAGUCACCAACACCCAAGCCCUUGAAACUAUGGGUAAGGUAAACUCAGUCAAGUACAAGGGUUUGUGAGACAUUGAGUCCGACUGAGUCAGAGUUCACGUUUGUCAGAGUAAGAUUGGAUGAUGAGUGGCAGGAUUGGGGUUUCACUCAACUGGUAGAGGCCCUUAGAAAAUGGUGUGAAAGAAAUCCAAUCAUAAUCGAAGAGAAGGCCUGUUCAGAAAAAGUGACACUUGGGGGCUCAAAAGUUGAAUCUGCUGGGUUCUUACAAGUCAACCAACAACAAUGAAAGCCAAAGCCCUGUGUAUACUGCAAUUCAGAUCAACAUAAAUCUGUAGUUUGUUAUAAGGUAAUAGAUGUGGCUUCUAGGAAGAAAGAACUAGCAGCGAAAAAAACGUUGUUUCAAUUGUGCAGGUCUGAAGCACCGGCUUCAGAAUGUCGAAGUUUAGCUACCUGUCUGAAGUGCAAGGCCAGCACCACACAUCAACAUGUGAUCAAGUAUCACAACAACAAAUGAUGCUUGCAACUGCCAAUGGCAGAGUCAUCUAUCCGGUGGUAGUCGUAAUGGUUGAUGGUGUAAAAUGUAGAGCGUUGCUGGAUACGGGGGCUGGGAGCUCUUAUAACUAGACAACUCGUGGGAUAAUGCGAUCUUAGCUGUUGAUCACUACACCUUCCUUCGUUCCGACAGAAACGGUAAAAAAGGUGGUGGCCUUCUGAUAUACAUCCCGGAGCAUUUAAUUUUCAAGAGACGCCUGGAUCUGGAAAUUAAUGGAAUUGAAUGCAUAUGGAUUGAGAUUAAUUUCCCUAACUCAAAACCCAUAUUAGUAUCGUUUAUUUACCGCCCUCCUUCUUCCGGUGCUGCUUACCUGGAUACAUUCGACUCUAUGAUAUCUAAAGCGGAUGCUGACGGUAACCCGACAAUAAUUCUUGGAGACUUCAAUUUUGACUUGUUAUCUGACACGUGUAACACACGCUUUAAAAAUGUACUUGCUACAUUUAAUCUCGUUCAGCUUAUUACCGUACCAACCAGGCCUGUCUCAAGAUCUUUGCUUGACCACGUUUACGUUUCUCAUAAGGAUAAUGUCUCCACAUCUGGAACCUUACCGAUUUCUAUUAGUGAUCAUUUACCAGUCUUUGUUAAUUGGACUACACGAAUUAACUUCUCAAAUUCAAACGAACAUAAGUACACUCAUUACCGAUCACUAAAGAAUUUUUCUGCAGAGCAAUUUGUAGCUGAUUUAAAAAACAUACCAUGGAAUACUUUAGAUAUGUUCACCGAUGUCAAUGAAGCUGUUGAACACUGGUACUCUUUGUUUAACGAUUGUCUCAAUAAUCACGCACCAUUAAAAACAAAGCGUGUCAAAAGAGUCAAUCAACCUGAAUGGUUUUCCUGUGAAAUAAGUGAGGCAAUUAAAAAACGAAAUUAUUUACACCACUGUGCUAUCUCCACGAACACUCCCCUGUCUUGGCAAUAUUAUAGAACUGCACGUAAUCGAGUAGUUCACUUGAUUAGAGACGCUAAACGUACAUUCUAUACUAAUUCCAUUAAUGCUAAUCUUGAUAAUCCAAAAAAUCUCUGGAAAAUUAUUCGUAAUCUUGCUCCUUCCAAUCACUCUAACUCUCCUAACCACUUGACUAUUGAUGGUAAGACAUUGACUAAUCCUAAAGAUAUCGCUGAUUCAUUUAAUGAUCAUUUUACUAACAUACGAAACUCUGUUUCGCUUAAUAGCUUCACUAAUAAUUCAAAUUGGGACUAUCUUUCUAAUUUUCUUUCUUCUAAAAUUCCUCCAAAUACAACCUUUACUAUCCCCCCAAUAUUUGAAAGUUUUGUUCGAAACAGCUUCAAUCAUCUGCCUGAAACUAAAGCCGCUGGUUUAGAUAGAAUUGGUGGAUAUUUUCUUAAAAUAGCUGCAACAGCUAUUUCACCUGCUCUGACAAAGAUAUAUAAUCUCAGUAUUAAUUCGGCUAGUUUUCCUGACUUGUGGAAAAUUGCAAAG